CUUCCUUCGUCGUUUCACUUCCUUCACCUCUCUAUGGUUUGAACCAAUACUAUGGUGUUCUCAACCUCCUUCUCCUCAUUACUGUGACUUACCAUCAUCGUUUGGUUUCACUUUUGUGACGCUGCUUCACUCAUCUCGCCUCCGACGUGCUACGUCGAUUCUGAAUUUCCGUCGUCCUUGUUCCACUGUGUUGCAGACCUGAAGCUUACUCCAAUGGUAGAAACGACACACGUAGAACAUGAUGCAAAUCUUCACCAUUCAUCACCACCUCUGGGCACCGAGAAUGUGAAUAUUACAUCCAAUCCAAUGGUUGAAGGUGUAGAAAAAUUGGUGAAUGAUAUUGUGCAAGAGAAUAAUGUUAGUAAUGUACCACACUUGGAAAUGGAGUUUGAGUCUGAGGCCUUCACAUAUGAAUUUUAUAAUGAGUAUAGUAAGAAAUGUGGUUUUGGUAUCCGUCGAGAAUAUGCAAAUAAAAGCAAAAAAGAUGGAGUUCUUACUUCAAGAAAAUUUGUGUGCUCCAAAGAGGGUAGACGCGGUGCUGACAAACGUGAUUACUUGACAAAAGAUGCUCGAGCAGAAACUAGAACAUGAUGUUUAGCACGUAUGGUUAUUUCACUUGAUCGGAAGAUUGGAAAAUACAAGGUUAUUGACUUUGUAGCGGGACAUAAUCACCUUCUUCUGCCAGCUGAGUAUGUUUAUAUGAUUCGCUCUCAUUGACACAUAUCUGAGUCACAAGCAUAUCCCAAAUUGUAUUGGCCGAUGAAUCUGGAUUGAAACCAAAAGAUUUUCAUGAAUUUGUGUCAAAACAAGCUGGUGGAAUAAACAUUGUUGGUUAUACAAGACAAGACCAUAAAAAUUUGCUUCGCACUAAAAGGAACAACUCGCUAAGGUAUGGUGAAGUAGGUGCGUUACUAAUACAUUUCAAAAAGCAAAGUGAAAAUCCUUCAUUCUUUUAUGAGUUUCAGAUGGAUGUUGAAGAGCAAAUAACAAACAUAUUUUGGGCGGAUGCACAAAUGAUAAAUGAUUAUGGGUACUUUGGUGAUGCUGUCACUUUUGACACCACAUUCAAGACAAAUAAGAAUUAUCGUCCGUUGGGAGUAUUUGUUGGCCUUAAUAGCCACAGACAAACAAUUGUUUAUGGGGCAUCAUUGUUAUUUGAUGAAACAAUCCCUUCUUUUCAAUGGUUAUUUGAAACCUUUCUCAAAGCAAUGGGUGGGAAAAAGCCUAAAACCAUUCUAACAGAUCAAGAUGCAGCAAUGGCUAAGGCUCUUUCUUUAGUCAUGCCAGAAACAUUUCAUGGAUUGUGCACUUGGCAUAUAAGGGAAAAUGCCCUAAGGCAUGUGAAUCAUCUAUAUCAACGAAGCUCACAAUUCUGCUCAGAUUUUAAAGCGUGCAUUGAUCUACACGAAAAGGAAGAAGAAUUUUUGAGUGGAUGGGAGACUUUACUAGUUGAGCAUAAUGUUUCUAAAGACUCAUGGCUCCAUACUAUUUUUCGAUUCAAGGAAAAAUGGACAUGGGCUUAUGUGCAAAAGACUUUCAUUGCAGGUGAGGAUGAAUGACCUAUUCUCUGUGUGGGGUUUGUGUUGCAUAAAAGGCCAUAGACUAUAUACUCGUCUUUGAUGUUGACACCGUACCAUAGAAUACAGAUUCUUUGGUUCACUCCUAAGUCCUAACUUGCCCAAAUGCAGCAGCAUAUUUGUGCCCUUCAUUCAAGGUAACAUUGAAUCUUCUAUUUUUUAUUUUAAUUGAUUUUAUUUUUCUUAUAAGGACGACGGAGGAUGACGUCAACUCUUUAGAAGGGGUGAUGUAGAUACAAAUAUUCUAACAAUCAAGUAAAUUCGUGAUCGAUGGGCGUGAGAUAUUUAGGGUUAGAGAAUAAUUAAUGUUUUCUUUUUAAGGAAGAAUGAUUAAUGUUAUUUAUAUAACUAUUUGGUAACAAUUUUUGAUACAACCAUAUUUCAAAAAAAAAACUUUUGAGACAACCGGUUUCUUCUCUCUUUUUUUUUGGAAUAAAAACGAUAAUGAGAGAGAGAUAGAGAGAGAGAGAGGGAGUAAAGAUACAAUGGAAGUAUGAAAGAUAAGAUUGUUGUAAGCUUUAUACUCUCAUUAUAUUUUAGAGUGACAAUUUUUUGAUAAAGGACAAUUUUUGUAGGUUAUAAACACUGGUAUUUCAAAUUUUAUAAGCUUCCUCUUUUCUACUUCAUUUCAAGGACAACAUUUUCGAACUAUAUUUUGGUCAAAAAUUAUAGAUACUUAAUCGAAUAUAAAUAAUUUCAUGAAAUAUCAUUUGUCUCAGCAAAAAAUGAAAAAAGAGAAAGAAGAAAGAAUAGGAGAUGAAGUAAAGAAAUGUAUGUGAAAGAAAACGAAUGACUGCAAGGGGAGAUAAAAAUUAGAGGAAUAAUAUUUGUAUAAGC